AGGAAUGAUGAAAGACCGUCUUCAAGAAUUAAAACAGAAAACCAAGGAAAUCGAACUCGAACUCUCUCGGGACAGUCAGGUGUUUGGAGAAGCAGAGGAACAAGGUGUGCUUGUCCAGCAAGCUGUUAUUUAUGAGCGAGAACCUGUAGCUGAGAGACACCUACAUGAGAUCCAAAAACUGCAAGAGACUAUCAACAGCUUUGCUGAUGAGGUUCAAAAGUUUGGACAACAACAGAAAAGUCUGGUGGCUUCCAUGAGACGGUUUAGCCUACUUAAACGGGACUCUACCAUUGCAAAGGAGAUCAAAUCCCAAGCAGAACACAUUAACAGAGCGCUGGGUGAUUUAGUCAAAGAAGUAAAAAAGUCAGAGGUUGAAAAUGGUCCAUCAUCGGUGGUCACAAGGAUACUUAAGUCUCAGUAUGGCGCGAUGUUCCGCCACUUUCAGCAAACCAUGUUUCUAUACAACGACACAAUAGCUUCCAAGCAAGAGAAGUGCAAGACAUUUAUCGUCCGUCAGCUGGAAGUGGCUGGAAAAGAAGUGUCUGAAGAAGAAGUGAACGACAUGCUUCAUCAGGGAAAAUGGGAAGUGUUUAACGAAAGCUUACUCACAGAAACCAGUAUCACUAAAGCCCAGCUCUCGGAGAUUGAACAGAGACACAAGGAGCUUGUGAAUCUGGAGAACCAAGUGAAGGACCUCAGGGACCUGUUCAUGCAGAUCUCUCUUCUGGUAGAAGAACAAGGAGAGAGCAUCAACAGCAUUGAGGUCAUGGUGACCAGCACAAAAGAGUAUGUUAUCAAUACCAAAGAGAAGUUCGGACUCGCUGUAAAAUACAAGCGAAGGCACCCCUGCAGGGCCCUGUGCUGCUGCUGCUGCUGCCCCUGCGGCGGCUCCAAAUAGAGACGCUAUUUUAGAAACG